UGUUGAUAGAGGGAUCUGAGCUUCAGUAUUCUGCUACCGCUGCCCUGUCCUCUUCGCUUUCUCCUCUGCCUGUCUCUCUCUCUUGUGUGAGUGGUAAAGUGGGCAGGAUGGUGCCAGAACAGCAGAUGUUUCGAUUGCAGCGCUGCUUGCCCGCCAACAACUGAAGUCAGUGCUCCAGAGAAACCUUGUGGGACUCAGCAAGGAAAACAAGCAACACUUCACAACCUCCGGACUCUAAAGCCCAGCUGGCUUUGCUUCCCCCCUCUCUCCACAGCUUUUGCUUUCUAUACACUUUCUCUGUGCUCUUCCACUUUAUGGUUCUUUCUGCAAGUGUUUUUGUCAACCUUUGCUCUGCUACUUAAAGAUGAGGGGGAUAUUCGAGUGCGGGGGUCUUCUCUUAGUCACGUUGCUACUGACUUCGGCGGAUGCCAAAGGAACUCUCUAUGGAAGCCCAUACAGAUAUAAUCUACACAAGUCUGGGAUCGUCCCGCAAUACAACCCUGGAAAACCAACGGGUCACCAUAAGAACUUCUGUGCCUACGUUGUCCAGAAGAACAUCACCUGUGUAAUGCAAGAUGGAGUGGCCACAUAUGUCAAACCAGAGUACACUACCAAGUGCAUAUGGGGACAGAAAUGUCCUGUGCUCAUGUAUCGGACACUCUUUAAACCACAGUACAAAGUCGGUUAUAAAACCAUCACUGAACUGGAGUGGCGCUGUUGCCCGGGUUUCUCUGGAGAGAGCUGCGGCGAUGGGCCGACCUCUGACCCCGAUGCCAUGAUGCCAAAAGGCUCUUUCCCUCGGCCCGGGGUGAAGGGUUACCACAGGGGUCAUCCCAAUAUCCCAUUCCCCUUUCCUGGAGGUCACCCUGACAACAAACCCAUCCCUAGUGGAUUCCUGCCACCAGAAACUCCGAAAACAAGUUAUGGUCCGAAGGCGGGAGUCUCUGGUGAACGUUUAGACCGCAUUGAAGAAAACCUUCGCAAACUCUCUCAAGAUCUGGACAACCUGAACGGCAUGGUGAUGGGUAUGGAGGAGCGUCUGCGAGUCUCUCUUCGGGAGGACACUAAGAAAAUGCUGACCACCUUGCUAGGUGGCGUCCCGCGGCUGCUGGAUACCUCUGUGGGCUUCGGGCUGAUCCCAGAGGGCACGCCGAAUGGCUUAGACGGCAAAGAGAACCUCCCUGGUUUUGGAGAGCUGGUGGGAAGGGUGAUGGAGGUCAAAGAUGAGCUGAGGACCAAGAGCGACAUGCUGGACGAGAUCCGUGGGAUGGUGAUGGGACACGAUGGCCAGCUGAAGAAGCUGAUUGACACGGCCACAGGGAGACCUGUCCCUGCAGAUCAGAGACAUCUAGAGGAUCUUCUGGACUCCAGAUUGGCCGGGGUGAGGGCAGAUGUCCUCGAUGGCUUUGAGAGGAGACUGACGGGUCUGGAGAGCCACUGUGAUGAGAGAAUCGGUCAGGUUCAGCAGCAGUGUCACAAAGAGCACCUAACAGGCCAAGAACAGAUCCAACUUUCGCUGGACGGCCGUGAGACGGGCUUGAGGAAAGAGCUAGGUGAACUGCAGACACAGAUCCAGGGUCUGACGAUAACCGAGAGCUGCUGCGGCGAGAUAAACAGCCUGACCCAGAGGAUGUUCCAGCUGGAGGACUCAAUUACAGGACUGACUGAGUCCCAGAGGCAGCUACAAGUGGACCUGACUGACCAGACGCUCCACAUCGAGACCCGGCUGGAGACCCGGCUGGUGGACAUGGAGGGUAAAAUGAACGCCUCUGAACACGGACACCGAGAUGAGUUUGGCUCCCUGGAUGGGUUUAACUCUUUGUUAGACGAUAAGCUAAAGACAUUGGAGCGACGUUUGUUUGUGGCAGUUGAGGAGUUGAGCAAUGCCACGGCACCGGCGUUGCUAGAGGGGCAAGUGGUGCCGGCACUGGAGACGGAGAUCGAUAGCAUCCGGAGGAGGGUGGAGGCUGACUUAGAUGGGAUGCAGAAGCAGAUGUCCGUCCUUGAGCUCCUUUGCACCUCUGCCUGCUCCCUCGCCUCUGGCCCAGAGAUGGCCCUCAUCCAGACUGAGGUGGAGGACUGUAAGGAAACAGAAAAGAAGAUGCUGGACCGCCUGGAUGUCCAUUCAAACAAACUGGACUAUCUCAACAGCACCUUGCAGGGUAUCCUAUCACAGCUAUCCCAGGAAGACAGAGAACGCUCCAUCCAGGGGGAAAUCACACUCCUGAAGAUCAACGUCAACUCUGUCAACCGUACCUUGAAAGGGCUGCGUGAUUCGGUCAGCCUGUUCGCUCGAGAAGUCGGCCAGGUGAAUUCCACCUGGCAGGAGCGGGAAAGCCGGCUGGUCACGCAGGUGCAGGGAAUCUCGGAUCUGGUGGAGCGACAGGCAACUAUGCUUGGAUCCGGGGAGCAGAGGCUGAUCCAGUUGAAGGCGGAGCUCCAGAGCUUGCGGCGGAGGUUAGCCGGGGAGCUGCAGGGCUGUCGCAGCACAACGCAGGGAAUGCAGCAAGAAGUGAUGGGGGUGGAAAGUCGAAUCACGCAGGUCGAAGGACAGUGUGGCGGCCUGGGGGAGCUAGCCGAUGACCUUGAGAGAAUCCGCGGUGAGCUGGAGAGACAUUCAGACAGCUUCCUGGCACAGGUCAACGGGACGCUAACGAGCCAUUCUGAGCAGCUGGUCCAACUGAAGGACGGUCUUAAAGACUGCAUGAACAAAACGGACCCUGCAAGACUGCAGGGUGACGCUCAGUAGUCGUAACUAUACAGAGAAACCACAACAGGCCUGAGGAUGUACAAAUUUGCAAUAUUUUUGUUCCCUCAACAGGGCAUUUUGUCUCCUAUUUCCUUGUUUUAAGCCUUUAUAUAGAGUUUUGUUAACUUAUAUGAAGAAAGUGUGACUGUAUUAUUAAACGUUUUUGACGAUUUGUUAAAUGAAGUAACAAACAUGCAAAAAACAGGAAAGCAAAUGUUAUGACACUACUAAGCUGCUACGGGUUUCUAAUGGCAAGUACUGUUCACUACCUUCUCAUCUCAGCAUCCGAGUCAUCUCCUGAUUUUAUUACUGUUUUAAUUACUGUAUUAUAACAGG